GGCUGUGAGGGAUAGCGGUCAGCAGCGUUCACUAUGGCGUAUUGUUGUGUACCGGGAUGCCGGUCGUUUAGCCGUCAAAAUAAAGACAAUACGUCAUUUCACAAAUUUCCACAGGACAGAGAACUUCAGAAAAAGUGGAUUGUUAAAAUUCGACGGGACAUUGGACCUAAUUUUCAGAUUACAAAGAACACACGAGUGUGCUCGAAACAUUUCUCUCCGGAAUGUUUUUCAAGGACACUGACUGGAAUCAGGAAGCUAAAGGGAGGUUCAGUUCCCUCCGUGUUUACAUGGACUCAACAGCCAAACGAAAGGAAAACCUUACGAUCACAAGAAAAAUGGCAUUUAGAGGAAGAACAUGAGGAAGAUGAAAGUUCUACAAAGGAUGGACCAAGCAACGAAGAAUGUCAUGUCACAGAGAUGCCAAACACUGAUCAUGACUAUUGUGUGGAGCCCAUGACUACAGAGGAGAAGCUUGUGGCUGCACAAGAGGAAAUUUCUCGUCUGUCUGCUGAAAAUGAAGCACUCAGAAGUAAUCAGUUUGGCAUUCAGAACUUUAUGGGUAAUCCAAAACUCAUACAGUUUUACACUGGGUUCCCUGACUAUGACACUGUAAGAGCCGUUUUCUUGGCUCUACAGCCCACAGCACAGAGCAUGGCCUCAUGGGCUCAAGUGCAAAGAAUCAAUCAAACAAACCAACACUCACUGAGGGUUGGAUUCCAGGCUCAACAUCUCUCCCUGUUUAAUCAGUUUUUUUUGUUUCUUUGCCGGAUUAGAUUGGGCCUUCUUGAACAAGACCUUGCUGUGCGUUUCAGUGUUUCACAAAGUACAGUCAGUAGAAUUUGUGUAACCUGGGCAAAUUAUUUGUACUUCAUGCUGGGGAGUCUGCCUAUAUGGCCAAGUAGAUCUGCAGUUGAUGAACUUAUGCCAGAGUAUUUUAAAGCUCUCUACCCCAAAACCAGAGUCAUCCUGGAUUGUACUGAAAUUCGAGUCCAAUCUGCCAGCUCUAAGGUACUGAACUCUGAGACUUACUCACACUACAAAGGCACGACUACACUCAAAUCUCUGGUUGGAAUUUCCCCGGAUGGGAGCAUGACUUUUGUGAGCAGUCUUUACACCGGAAGCAUCUCUGAUAAAGAGAUCACCAAGUCAUCUGGCAUUUUGAAUCUUCUCGAAGAGGGUGAUGCUGUGAUGGUAGACAAAGGCUUUUUAAUCAAAGACCUACUUGAUGAAAUUAAUGCCACAGUAGUUAUUCCACCUUUUCUCGGCCCAAGUGGACAGUUCAGCCAUGAGGAUCUUGCACACACACACAACAUUGCUCGUUUGAGGAUUCACAUUGAACGGGCCAUUCGACGAAUCAAGGAAUAUCACAUUUUUGAUCGUGUGAUUCCUUUGUCAUUGGCUGGUUCUGUAAAUCAGCUCUGGACUGUGUGUUCUAUCCUCACAAAUUUUCACGGUCCACUGUUUUGAGUUAACAUAUAAAAACAAAAAAAGUGCACAUGGAAUC